AUGGCAUCAAUAGGGGAGUUCGAUCCUCUCAACACCAGAGUCCCCGCAACUAAGAUAGAAGUCACCGUGUCCUGCAGGAGUCUGCUGGAUGUGGACACAUUCUCCAAAUCAGAUCCUGUGGUCGUACUGUACCUGCAGGGUGUGGGAACUAAAGAAUGGAGAGAGUUCGGGAGGACGGAGGUCAUCGACAACACUCGCAAUCCAGACUUCGUGAGGAAGUUCGUCCUGGAUUUCUUCUUUGAGGAGAAACAGAAUCUAAGGUUUGAUGUGUACAAUGUGGACUCGAGAAGCUGCAACAUAUCUAAACACGACUUCCUGGGCCAGACCUUCUGCACGCUCGGGGAGAUCAUCGGCUCCGCUGGAGGACGACUGGAGAGGACCUUAUCUGGGAUUCCAGGGAAGAAGUGUGGAGUCAUUAUCCUGACUGCAGAGGAGCUCAGUAACUGCAGGGAUAUCGCCACCAUGCAGCUGUGCGCCAACAAACUGGACAAGAAAGACUUCUUCGGGAAGUCGGACCCCUUCCUGGUUUUCUACCGGAGCAACGAGGAUGGGACGUUCACCAUCUGCCACAAGACGGAGGUGAUCAAGAACACUCUGAACCCGGUGUGGCAGUCGUUCACCAUCCCCGUCCGGGCGCUCUGUAACGGCGACUAUGACAGGACCGUGAAGGUAGAUGUCUAUGAUUGGGAUCGAGAUGGAAGACACGACUUCAUUGGAGAGUUCACCACCAGCUACAGGGAGCUUUCACGCGGCCAGAACCAGUUCAACGUCUACGAAGUUUUAAAUCCCAAGAAGAAAGGCAAGAAGAAGAAAUACAUCAACUCCGGGACCGUAACUCUGCUGUCCUUCAAAGUGGAGUCGGAGUACACCUUUGUGGAUUUCAUCCGAGGAGGGACGCAGCUGAACUUCACGGUGGCCAUCGACUUCACGGCGUCUAAUGGUAACCCGUCCCAGCCCACCUCCCUCCACUAUAUGAGCCCCUACCAGAUGAACGCGUACGCCAUGGCGCUGAAAGCAGUGGGAGAGAUUAUCCAGGACUACGACAGCGACAAGCUCUUCCCUGCCUACGGCUUUGGAGCUAAGCUGCCCCCCGACGGCAAAAUCUCCCACGCCUUCCCGCUGAGCGGUGACGGGGAUAAUCCCAACUGCGGGGGCAUCGACGGCGUGCUGGAGUCGUACUUCCAGAGCCUGAGGACGGUGCAGCUCUACGGACCCACCAACUUCGCCCCCGUCAUCAACAAGGUGGCCAACUGUGCAGCAGAGAUUACAGAUGGCUCUCAGUACUUUGUGCUGUUGAUGAUCACAGAUGGAGUGAUAUCUGACAUGGUCCAGACCAAAGAGGCCGUGGUCAACGCAGCGUCCCUCCCCCUGUCCAUCAUCAUCGUCGGUGUGGGGCCGGCAGAGUUUGACGCGAUGGAGGAGCUGGAUGGAGACGAGGUGAGAGUUUCCUCCAGAGGACGUCUUGCUGAGAGAGACAUUGUUCAGUUCGUUCCCUUCAGAGACUACGUGGACAGAUCUGGCAACCAGGUGCUCAGCAUGGCCCGUCUGGCCAAGGACGUCCUGGCCGAGAUCCCCGACCAGCUGCUGUCCUUCAUGAAGAGCCGGGGGGUCGAGCCGCGGCCGGCGCUGUCCUCCUCGCCGCUGCCGGCGUUGCACCGGCACAUCUGA